AAACCUAGUAUUUAAUGACCCUCUCCUACACCCAAAACCCUCUCUUGCCCCCAAAACCUAAUAUCUCAUUUCUAUCAUAAUCCCUUCAAUCUUCGAUUCUCUGCGUUUAUGGAGCUCGAUCGAUUCAUAUUCAAUCGAGUCUAUAAGAAGGGGUUUGAGGCUCUCGAUGGUGAGACUGGAGACGUUGUAUUCGUCAGGAGAGUCGUGAGGUCGAUAUUGAGGCAAGAAGCGGAAGAAGCAGAAGAAGCUGAAGAAGCAGAAGAAGCACAUUUGACCCAUGCUGAGGCCUCCCGUGGUGCCACUGUUCUCAGAAGCUUGCCGGAGCACAACAACGUGAUAUCCUUGGUCGCGAGCGGCGAUGUAGGUCCUGAUUUCUAUUGGGUUGUCGAUUUCUUCGACGUGGAUCUGUGCAGUUUGAUCUACGAACCUGGUGGUCACCACGUUAACAUGCCGCGUAUUCGCUUCAUCAUGCGUGCUUUGCUGCUGGGGGUGGAUCAUCUCCAUAGGCAUGGAGUAGUCCACCGCGAUUUGAAGCCUAUGCACGUGUUUGUGAAUCGGGCCACGGCUCAGGUGAAGAUCGGAGGCUUUGAGCGGGCCAGACGUACCGCCGUUCCACCAGCCCCCCUCCCGGAAGACGGUUACUCGCGACGCACCAGCACAUGGUACAGGGCACCUGAGACGUUGAUGAGUUCUACAUUCGAUGGGCCAGGGAUGGAUAUCUGGGCACUCGGGUGCAUUCUAGCUGAAAUGGUACUUGGCCGUGCCAUGUUUAUGGGAAAUUCGGAGCUCCACCAACUCUACAUCAUCUACCGUCAUCUAGGAAUUCCCAAGGAAGAGUGGCCAGCUCUGUUACCUGAUUGGCAUCCACGAGUCCCCGAACUGAAUUUGAUGGAUCUCUUCCCACCAGAAGUCUUGCCACUCCUCUUGCGGAUGCUCAGCAUCAAUCCAGCCAACAGGAUUUCUGCUCGACAGUGCCUGCAUGAUCCGUUCUUUUCCCCAUAAUGAAUAGGAGCAUCAACCCUGAUAGGAGGAAGCUAUGAUCUCCGAGUUGCACAGAAUUCAGUGUCUUUCAAAAGUGGCUUGUUGUCUCCCAGUAAAUUUAGUUCUCUGCUAUAAAAAUCUAAGACAUUUGUCAUGUUAGACUAUUUUGUUGUGGUACUUAUCUGUGUAGUUCUGUUAGUUCUAGUCUGGAUGAGAGUUCGAGUCAUGGAUGAUGCAUUUUUCCUACUGCUAUUCAUCCAGUUGAAGUAUUCUUAUAAACACCUCUGGAAUGAGAUUAGUUACUUAGUUUGUCCGUUUACUUUGAUGGCAAUGCUAGCAACUUUGGUUUGCAAUGCAGGCACAGUUUCGAGAUUUCUUUAAAUAUAUAUAUUUCCAUUUAUGGUUUUGUCUGUU